AUGGCAUCAAAAUCGAUUGUUACCAUUGUCAUUUUGCUGUUGCUUUUCAUGUGUUUGAGUCUGAUCAUGAGGGACCCUUCUGAUUGCAAUGCUGCCUAUGGUUGCUCAGCAGCUAGUACCAAGAAGAUUCUGAACAGAAAGGUGCUCUCUGUUUUGAAGGACAAGAAGACAACUUUGAAGGCUAGGGUACUGCAAGGAUCACCAAAUAGCAAGUAUAUUGCUGAAAAAUCUCUGAGUUGGCAGUUGAGGAAGGUUCCUUCAGGUCCAGACCCUCUGCAUCAUCAUGGUGGAAGCCCCAAGCCUGAAACCCCUUAG